AAACCCUUCGAAUGGCCAUUGACCUCUGUCUCCAUACCAUACACUCCCAGAAUCCCAUACACCCGUUCAACCAGCUCUAACUUGCUCCCCAAACACACUUUGAGACCCAUUGAACUCGAUAUCACACAGUACAACACAACAACACGUACACCUCAACACCCCUCGCAUUGCCAUCAUGAAGUUUGGAAAGAACUUGUCUCGGAACCAGGUACCGGAAUGGUCCGCCAGUUACAUCAACUACAAAGAUUUGAAGAAGCACAUAAAAACAGCAGCCGACGAGAAACGGGCUGGAAAGACUCUCGACCUUGCGCUAUUUCUCUUCGCACUUGACCGCAAUAUCGAGACCGUCGACACCUUCUUCAAUAAGCGCCUGGCGGAUGCACAACGCCGGUUGAAGUCGCUGAGAUCCCGAUAUGAAGACCAUUUUGAUCUUUCCCCUGCGUCGGAAAACAUCAGCACCAAUGGUAGUGUACACAGCGAGGAUUUCGGCAGUGACUCCGCCACCAGAACUCUGGAUUGUUAUGGACUUGAUCGCGACGAGAUGGAGGAGAUCUUGGGAGCUCUCUUGGAGCUCCGGAGUAUGUUGAGGAAGAUCCAGUGGUACGGCGAGGUUAAUCGGAGAGGAUUUAUCAAGAUCUUGAAGAAGCUUGACAAGAAAACGAACUCGGCUGUACAACGGACAUAUCUUGAGUCCAAGGUCCUGCCGAAGCCGUUUGCUUCGGCAAUUGAGGCUUUGACGAUGAUGCAAACGGUCAACCUUUGGCUCUCAAAGGUUGGUGGCACGGAAGGACUGGAUCCUGAGAACAGCCGCGCAGCCGAUCUCUCCAGCCGUCCUCUUCUCAAGCGCGUGUCUUCCGGUGCUGCCGCCGGUUUGUCUACGGACACUGUGGAGGCCAUUGACCAGAGCAUUCGUGACGACACCGUAUCUGCCCUCGCCGAUAUCUUACAGGGCUCGCAAGGCGAGCUCAUCUCCCGGAAAUUGGUGCAAAACCUGCUACAGCGGUGCAUCACGAACAAGUCUCUCAAGUGUAUUCAGCUGCUUCUUGGUAAACUAGAUACCUUGGACGAAGAGGAUGAUAUCAACGGGCGCAACAUCAUCCACAGACUUGUGAUCUCGAUCGGCAGGACCAAGGGAUUGAUGAUAUCUCCGGAGAGCGAUAGCUCGAUGGAAAAUGCCUCGCUUAACGUGGUGCCGCCGCAGCUCUUCAUCACUCCAGCCGAGUCCCCAAUCCAGGCGCCUCCACCAUCUACGGGGGCAGUUGAAUGCGAUGGAGUACUCCGUCUCUCCCCGGACGACGAGUCGGUCAAGCUACUCGAUUAUAUCCUGUCGAGCCUACUUCCUGUGCAACGUGGAGCUCUGGCUGCUCGGGACCAGUACGGCCGCCUGGCACUGCAUUACGCCGCUCAGUAUGGAUUCGUGGUUCUUUGCAAGCUCAUCAUCAAGCACAUGCGCGAGUGGGACCAGUUCGACGUGUCCGAUGGCAUAGAUUCGGCGAGUUGGCAGGAUGCAGAUGGAUAUGCGCCAUUGCAUCUGGCCGUAAUCGGGGAACAUCCGAAGACUACCAGGACGCUUCUGCAGGCCGAGAACUGGGAUGGGGGUGUGGGCACGACCGAGCAAGUUGUUUCGGCUCGGAAAACGGUCUCAAAAUCUUCUGCUGUGCUGGUCAUGGCUGCGAGGCGUAACUGUGUUGCAAUCGUGCAGCUCUUGGUGGAGGCUGGGGUGGAUAUCAACUAUCAAGACGAGAAUGGCGAAACUGCUCUGCACCACGCCGCUAGGCUUGGACAUGUCGAAUGUGUCAAGGCACUUAUGGCUGGUAGCAGUAGCCAGCGGCCCGACCUUGAGCUCACCGAAAAGACCUACGGAUGGACGCCACUAUUCGUUGCGGCCGUCGAGGGAAAGAAAGAGGUGGCGGAAGCACUGAUCGAUAUUGGUGGAUGUGAGAUUGACAAGGUCGACUCUUCAGGAUGGUCUGCACAGGAGCAUGCCGUUCUGAGAGGACAUCUUGAACUGGCAAAGGUGUUGAUCGCCAAGAGCUCGAAGAGUCCCAGAACUGGCUAUGUCUCUUCUCCGUCACCGUCUUCCACUCCUCCGUUGUCCUCUAGUCCGCCAUUGACGUCUACUCCUUUCGAGAAGAACAUCUCCACUGUUUCUCUAACAGGUUCUCUGGGACCCACGGAUUCCACGCCUGCAGUAUCCACUGGCCAUCAGCAGACGGUGAAGAGCUUUGGCCAUCGUUAUCUCAAGCAGGGACAGACCAUGAUUCUCAUCACUCUCGGCAGCAUGGACGUGCGGAAGAACAUUCAGGCGGUGAAGCUGGAUCAGAUUCCCGUUCACGAGGCGCACACGACGCAGCUAGAUACCGCGCUUUCGUUGGUUGUUUCCGCACAGAAUGCGACCGGUGAACCGACGAUCGUCGAUCUUCCGGUCCAUGCCAAUGUUACCACCGACGAUCCGAUCCUGUUCGAGACGACCGAUGCUGGUAAGGUCAAAGUGAUGUUUGACAUCGUCCCGACGUACGCAGGCUCGAAAGACCGCAUCGUCGGCCGUGCGGUUGCUCUGCUGGGCGCCGUGAGACCGGAGCUCGGUAAUAAGAGGGCUUCUUUGCAGGGCGGAAUUCAGGUUCCAAUCCUGGCCGUUAGCACUUUGGAGGUCAUUGGCUCGGUCAAUUUCGAGUUCACCAUCAUUACUCCAUUUGAACACCCCAAUGUCGGAGUUACCAAAGAGCACACAUACUGGAAGAGCUUGACAACACCCAGAGUUAUCGGGCACCGAGGUCUCGGCAAAAACUUUCCUGCGAGAAAGUCAUUGCAGCUUGGCGAAAACACUCUACUGUCGUUUAUCCAUGCUGCGAAGCUAGGUGCAUCGUAUAUCGAAUUUGAUGUUCAACUUACGAAGGACCAUGUUCCGGUCAUCUACCACGACUUCCUUGUUGGAGAGACUGGCAUUGACGUCCCGGUUCACACCUUGACGCUGGAGCAAUUCAUGUCCAUGAAGGAUGAGCCCGCUCACCUCGACUCCAGAUCUGGUUCUCCGGAACGCGUCUGGGGCAGCGACAACAAGAACGUCAACCCAUCCAACGAACCAGAGGGCGUGCGCACACCGAACCUCCGACGAAUCCGAUCCAUGUCUCUCAACGAGCCCGACGGGCGCCAGAACGAUAUCAACGAACGCAUGAGACUCUCUAGAGCAUUCAAGCUGAACGGUUUCAAGGGAAAUAGUAGGGGUCACAGCAUUCAGAGUCCCUUUGCUACGCUGGAACAGACCUUCAAGGCGCUGCCGCAGCACGUGGGAUUCAACAUAGAACUCAAAUAUCCUUCGUUGCAGGAAUCCGAAGAACAUGGCAUGGACGCUACCGUCAUCGAGAUGAACGCUUGGGUCGAUACCGUCCUCAAGGUUGUUUACGACCACAUGAAAGGACGCAAUAUCAUAUUCUCUAGUUUCAACCCUGGUGUGUGUCUGUUGCUAUCUUUCAAGCAGCCGUCGAUACCGAUUCUCUUCCUCACCGAGGGUAGAACCCACGAGAUGUCGGAUAUCCGUAGCACCAGUCUCCAGGAGGCGAUCCGGUUCGCCAGUAGGUGGAAUCUGCUCGGAAUCGUUUCCGCGGCUGAACCGCUUGUUUUGUGUCCACGCCUCAUCCGUGUGGUCAAAGAAACCGGGCUGGUCUGCGUCACCUACGGCACGCUGAACAACGAGGCGAAGAGCGUCAAGGCGCAAGUGGAACAGGGCAUCGACGCGCUCAUCGUCGACCGCGUCCUGGCAGUGGACAAGGAGCUUCGCCGCUCCGAUGAGACCAAGGAAGUCGCCGCGACUUCCCUUGCUAGUGAUGAGGUUGCGGUUGUCGUGUAAGGAUACGGGUUAGAUUGGCGGUGUUUUGGCGUUUUGUUUCGUUUCAUUCUUGGGGUUGGUACGUACUACGUACAGUAAUGGGCUUUCCG